CCCAGUUAGCAGCCCAGAAGACAUUAUAUUAUUCGAUGUGUUUUAUUUCUCCAGUCAAUGGCGAAUCAAUUGAGAAUAUUUCAUUGCUGGUGAUCACGAACCCAAAAAGUAUUUSAAGUUGACCAUGGGCAAUAAUAUAUCCCCACAAAUUGACAAUGCUCGAAAGACGGGCGUUUGCUCUCUCUCUGGRAAACGUCUCACCGAGGUACCACCCCAACUUCUGCAUCUUGGCUCUUCCUUAAGAACACUUGAUCUUUCAGAAAAUAAACUUAAGUCAUUGCCAGCUAAUAUUGGUGGCCUUGUGAACCUCAAAAGUUUAAAUUUAUCCUUCAAUCACCUUGAAACCCUUCCAAAGGAAAUGAACAAGCUCAAGAAGCUUGARACACUGACAGCAAACCACACAUCAAUCAAGCAUUUACCGCAAGAUAUCUUCAUUGGGUUAUCAAACUUAAAGACACUAUMCCUUUCAUCAWAUCAACUGACUGUUUUCCCAGAAGAGCUUUGUACACUGCGGCACAUUGAUGUCAUAGACUUAUCGGACAAUAAGAUCAAAGUGAUUCCUCCAGAUAUCAGUGAUCUUCAGGCUGUAGAAGUGAACUUGAAUAAAAAUCAAAUUGGAAUUUUACCAGAGGGUCUGUCUUCUUGUGCAAGGCURAAGGUUUUGCGAGUUGAAGAAAAUUGCUUGRSUCUGGAUCAAGUYCCAGUAAAGUUGUUGAAAGAUUCAAACAUUUCAUUGCUSGCUGUUGAUGGGAAUUUAUUUACAAUGAAGGAAUUCCAUGACAAAGAUGGCUAUGAACAGUACAUGGAGAGAUACACUGCGACAAAGAAGAAGAUUCUCAAAAAAGUCACGGUUGCCAAGGAGACAAUUCUACAUUUGGCUAUGUCUUCUGAAUGUACUUCUGGCGUUGCGGAUAUUGCUAUUGAAAACAAGAACAAUGAAAAUGAUUACAAAGAUGAUUUUCAUUCGGAUUCGGAAACCUCAAACGUCCAUAGUCAAGGAACGAGCAAUGAGACGAAGGACAAUGGCGCAGGAGAUAAAACGAAAAAGAGCGAAAAAACAACUGAGCGAAAAGAAAAUGAAAGCARGAACAAUAGGUCCCCAAGCUCAAGAUCAUUAAGUCAAAAGAAAACCAAAGAAUUAAAACUCGACCAAAGAAAAACUACUAAGAAAACUGUAUCAUCUAAAGCCGAAAAAACUAUCAUCCAUCAAGUUCGCACUGAGAAAGAAGAGAAGAAGGUACCACCCCAACUUCUGCAUCUUGGCUCUUCCUUAAGAACACUUGAUCUUUCAGAAAAUAAACUUAAGUCAUUGCCAGCUAAUAUUGGUGGCCUUGUGAACCUCAAAAGUUUAAAUUUAUCCUUCAAUCACCUUGAAACCCUUCCAAAGGAAAUGAACAAGCUCAAGAAGCUUGARACACUGACAGCAAACCACACAUCAAUCAAGCAUUUACCGCAAGAUAUCUUCAUUGGGUUAUCAAACUUAAAGACACUAUMCCUUUCAUCAWAUCAACUGACUGUUUUCCCAGAAGAGCUUUGUACACUGCGGCACAUUGAUGUCAUAGACUUAUCGGACAAUAAGAUCAAAGUGAUUCCUCCAGAUAUCAGUGAUCUUCAGGCUGUAGAAGUGAACUUGAAUAAAAAUCAAAUUGGAAUUUUACCAGAGGGUCUGUCUUCUUGUGCAAGGCURAAGGUUUUGCGAGUUGAAGAAAAUUGCUUGRSUCUGGAUCAAGUYCCAGUAAAGUUGUUGAAAGAUUCAAACAUUUCAUUGCUSGCUGUUGAUGGGAAUUUAUUUACAAUGAAGGAAUUCCAUGACAAAGAUGGCUAUGAACAGUACAUGGAGAGAUACACUGCGACAAAGAAGAAGUUUGCAUGAUUAAGAAAUGGUUAGAAAUUGCAAAUAUCAAGUGGCUCCAGGGCCUUGAAAUUCCAGAUGACAACAUAAUUGAGCAUUAUUUGUGAUAAGAAACAUUAAUGAACUUAUGUUUACUUAAAAUAUUUUAAAAAGGUAUUAUUUAAAGGGAAAAAAUUAUUUGGAAAGUGAGCGACAGUUUUUGCUGUGAAUUGUUUUGUUAUUGAUACUAUGUUGUAUCGAAUGGGUAAUAACCGCAAAGAAUUAUGGUACCAUAGAUGCAGUACGUCAUCACGAUAAGGACUCGGCGUGAGUAGCACUCUGUUUUUUUAAGCAAUUUUUUUUUUAAGCAUAACGAUACUUAACAGGCAAAUAAUGUACAAAAAAUAUAAUGCUAUAAUCGAGUCAUGUUCUGUAUAUUGUUUUUAUUAAAUAUACUCCGUGUAGCGUA